GGCCUUGAACUGGCUCUUGCGCUGCGUGGAAAUCACCGGAUGAGAGCGGCGGGCGCGGGGUUUCAGGGGACGGCUCUCUUCUCUAGACGAACGAGCGCGCGCGGCUGCGGCGAGCAGCGCGCGGCUGUGGGAAGGGCGCUCGCCGGGCCCGGCCCGCCAGCGCUGCGCUGCGCGUCGUUUCGGCCGCCAGGCUCGCCACAGAGGGAUUGGGUAGGGCGCGUGCUGCGGACGCCGAGAGCCUCGCGUCGCUUGGCCUUGCGAACCCGCUCAUAUUUGCUUAAUUUCUUGCCUCUACUGAGCCCUCCUGCCCUGGCUUUAGGCUCUGCGCGGGCGUGUGUGGAAGGUCUCGGCUAG